AUGAGUUCCGAGGACUCUGAUUUCUAUGGCGACGACGAAGUUCUGGCAGACCUCAAAGCCAAAGUAAAGGUAUUCGACGUUGAAGCCUGGUGGGAACAAAACCGAACUCUCGAUACACCGCUCAAGAUGCAGGCGCAAAAGAAGGAAACCGUUGAUAUCUCUCAUCUCCAUAACCCGUAUGCUGGCCUUAAGAACGCCUGGCAACUCACCGAGACCAUUGAAGAGUUCGUACAACGCGUACCCCCUGCAACAACAGACGAAACUCCAGAAGACCCCUGGAUUUGGGUUUGUAAUCCAUACAUUAAUCGCAAAAAGAAACAUGAAGCAAGUAAUCAAAUGAUCCCUGGCGGCGAAGACGAAGCCCCUGAAGAGGUUGGCGCGGACCUGCCCAGUAUGGUUGAGGGUGGGAUGGCAAGACUUCAUCUUGCCUCAGAAUUCAUCGACGCAUGUAAGAAGUCCGGAAAUCAACCAGGUGCUAUCACUCGAGAAUGUCGAAAAGCCGGGAUGGACGCGGCCAAAGAUAUUCUCAACCUGGCAAGGAUGCUACGUGUGAGAUGUGGCAAGUGGAUGCUCUUUUGUUCUGUCUUCCAAGUUAACGAGAUUUGGGAGACUGUCGCCAAAGCGACGGCAAAUAAUGAGCUUGGUAUUGGUGCCAAGGUUGCGCCACGAUCGACAACUGAUAAGAGAACGGACCGGCUCAUCUGCGUCUACACCGCCGAUUUCUCCGAUACGAAGGACGUGAAGAGAGUCGUCGAGAAGUUGAAGCAGCUCGGACUCAUCCAGGCUAGGGAUCGAUCAAUUUACUACAAACCUGACGUGUACACUUACCUAGGCAUAGCACGUGGUAAUCCUUGGGAGAUAAGGGCCUCUAUAUACGAUAGUACCUCUAUGCUUAAGAAAGGGAUCUCAAUGCUUACUUACUACCCUUUUAACGCCAACAAUGCAUUAACCUUCUAUGCUAAUGUCAUCCAAAUUCCACAGCCCGAUCUCGCAGCGCCCUAA